GUACACUAUUUGUUGAUGAAUUUUUUGAUGGAGAUCUUGUUCAUCUGUUUGGCAAAUUUACAUGGGAGAACAGUUCAGUUUAUCAUGCUGCAGGAAUAAUGCUUAUUAUAGACAAAGCUAUAAGGUUUCCCAAAUCCAACACAGGCAACUGGAGUAUUGAAAAGAUGCCAAGUUCACCACUAUUUAUUUCUUUUAUUUGUCAAGUACUUCCAAAUGAACAAAAAAAUUCCCAUGUUCUUCUUCGUGGAAAAACUCAUUUUGUUAAAACUUCUUGUUUUCUAUUUAGAGCCUCUUAUACAAUUAAUGGAUUUUUAAGACAGAUUUUAAAAAUUGAAGAACAAGUUAUUUUUUUAAUUGAAAGUACCUCAAUAGAUUAUGUUGUAACACAACCUGAAGAAGAAGGAGAAAAAAUACCAAACCUUUCUCGUAAUAUGUCAGGUCUUGAAGAAAUUAUUGAAAUUGAGGAAGAUUAA